AUGACUUCUCAACUUGAACCUCAUCCUGAUAUUUCAAAGACACCUCGUCGGGGCAGCCACAGCUCUGACGAAUCCUCAAUUAUCAACGACAUCCUACCCACAACACCAAAUUCACGCCUCUUCCACAUUUAUAAUAAGCGCCGAAGAUCCGAUUUCGCCAUAUAUACCGCGGAGAAAUCUCCUUUCGCAUAUGUGCGAUGCUCGUCUAUGACCAUUGGCAAACCAGACCUAACAUACCACGCCGGCGAAAACGAGGAUGGCCCCAUCAAAGCAACCUGCAAAUAUGUAACUUUCUCCCGACACUGCAAAAUAGGGCUCGGUGACCCGGAUGAUCCAAACAUCGCCUGGGAAGAUCUCAUACGCCACAAGCUCACAACACAUUAUCGAUUCGAGAUCACACUGGAGGAUAGUGUUACAGGGUCGCUCAAGAGGGAGGCUUUUGUUUGGAAGCGAACUAACAGCGUUGGGAUUGGAGAGGAUAAACCGUCCAAGCUGAGUUCAAAGUGUUUUAAGCUUCAGAAUGAAGCGACAGAAGAGGUUAUCGCUGUUUAUUUGAAUGGUGGACUGAAAACAUGGAAGAAGUGUGGCAAGUUUCAGAUUGAUGUUAAUUAUGGGAGUGUUUUUGAUACUAUGGUUUUUAUCACGGGACUAGGGUUAUUGGAGAAGGAAAGACGUCGAGAGAGGAGGAGUAAUUAUUAA